AUGUCAUAUGAAUCUGAUCCAGACGAUGAUAACUCCUUCAGCGACAACUCCCUCAGCGAGCUCGUCCAUACAACCCUCUCCUACGACACAAACUUGAUGCUCGCCGCGGUUAUCUCCCUUCUCCUCGUGAUCCUCUUCGUCCUCCUCCUCCACCUCUACACCCGUUGGUACCUCGUGCAAGCUCGCCGGCGAAGCCGCUCCUCCGUGACUGUGCCGCGCGUCCUAGGAUCUAGAUUACAUAACCGUAGCAGUUUCACCAUCAUCGACACCACUUCUAAUCCUGGUAAUUCGAAUUCUCAGGGAAAAUUCGGCCUCCCUUGUUCAACCAUCGCCUCAUUGCCGCUAUUCGUGUACAAAGUCUCAUCCGAGGAAGAUCGUGAUUCCAGAUUAAAUUGUGCAAUUUGUUUGAGCGCUUUCGAGGAAGAAGAGAUCGGAAGGAAAUUACCUGGAUGCGGACAUGCAUUUCACGUGGAAUGUAUAGAUAUGUGGUUGCACUCUCAUUCAUCAUGUCCGAUUUGUCGAGCAUCAAUCCGGUGUAAUCACAGUAAUAGAACUAAUCGUCUGGAAAUCCAAAUGGCUGAUCAAGAGCAAGAAUCGGAAUCUGUCGGAUUGACAAUCAGUAAUGAGGAAGAACUGCGAUUGGAGAAUGUAGCUCCAAUAAGCGACCAGAUCACGGAGCUUCAUGAAACGGCGGAUGCUGCGGCGGAGAACGACUCUGGAGUAGGUGGUUCAUCAUCGUCUUCGAUAGGAGAAUCGAUUAAAAAGCUCAUGAGCACCAGUAGCGGUUGCAGCAGCAGCAGCAGAUCCGGAGGUAAAAUUCAUCCUUCAUCGGAUGAUAAUGGAGAUGAAUCAGUGGUUUGA